GGCGUCGACGUGGGAACGCAGGGCACGAAGGCGAUCCUGUACGACCUGUCGUCCAAAGCCGUCGCGGGGAAAGGCUCGUGCUCGUACGGCCUCAUGCCCACGCCCGCGGGGCGCCCCAACGCCGCCGAGCAGGAUCCGUCGACGUGGCUGGAGGGCGUUCGGGUCGCCGCGAAGGCCGCACUGGAGGAGGCGGGGCUCGAGCCGAGGGCCAUCGCGGCCGUGGGGGUGAGCGGGCAGCAGCACGGCAUGGUCGCCCUCGACGCCGAAUGCGACGUCAUCCGACCGGCGAAGCUCUGGUGCGACGUUGAAUCCGCGAAAGAGGCGAAAGAACUCGGCGACCGCUUCGGGUGGGCGAUGCAAGCCGGGUUCACGUCCUCGAAGGUGCUGUGGAUGAAGAGACACGAACCGCACAACUGGGCCCGCACCGAGCACGUCUUACUGCCGCACGAUUGGAUCAAUUACAAGCUCACCGGAGAAAUCGCGACGGACCCCGGGGACGCGUCCGGGAUCGGCGUCUUGGACCUGACGACGCGAUCGUUCCGCGACGACCUGUGCGAGUUUGUCGAUCCCAAGUUCAGGCGCUUAUUGCCGGACAUCGUGGACCCGGAAGAAAGGGGCGUGCUCGGGACGGUCACGGCGGAGGCAUCUAAUUCCUGGCUCGAGGGGUUAAUUCCCGCCGGCGCCAUCGUCUCCGUCGGGAGCGGCGAUAACAUGAUGAGCGCGUUGGGCGCCGGGUGCGUCGACGAAGGGGACUUGGUCGUGAGUUUGGGGACGAGCGGCACCGUCUUCGGGUACUCCUCCACGCCGGUCAUCGACGCCACGGGCGCGGUGGCGCCCUUCUGCGACGCCACCGGCGGGUACCUUCCGCUGCUGUGCACGAUGAACUGCACCAAAGUCGUCGAGGAGCCGCUGCUCUGGUACGGCUGCGACCACGGGCAGAUGGUCAAGCUCGCCCGAUCGGUGCCCCCCGGGUGCGACGGCGUCAGGUUCCUCCCGUACAUCACCGGCGAGCGCACCCCGAACUGGCCGGACGCCACCGGCGCCAUCGUGGGCAUUCGGCCGGGUUCCUUGGUCAACCCCGCCGUGGCGUACAGAGCCGCGAUGGAAGGCGCGACGUACUCCUUGCUCGCCGGCGUCAGACGAAUGUCAGAACUCGGGAUGCCGGCGCCGCGAGAGGUCAAGGUGGUGGGCGGGGGCAGCAAGUCGCCGCUGUGGAGGCAGAUUAUCGCGGACGCGUUCGACGUCAAAGUUCGGAGGUUGAGGGAGGCGGAGAGCGCGGCUUUGGGCGCGGCGACGCAGGCA